AUGAAACUCGAUCAGGCUGUUUUACAACGUCCCUGCUUCGAAGACUCUAGAACGAAAGUCAUGUUGAGCGCUCUGGCGAAGGCUUCUCCGUUGAAAGCAGAGAUCCGUCUCGCUCAAGCUGUAUCCGAUUUUGAAGCCGACCUCACAAACGAGCAAAAGUCCGCAUUUCGCACCCUCAAGUCGAAGUCGCUUUUUAUAACGCCUAGCCUAGAGGACGUUGUGCGCCUGACGGCAGAAGUUGAUCGCCGCAUAUCGAAGAACUUUAGCGGGCAAUGUUUUGGACCACGCUUCACCAACUUCCUCCUGGGAGUCCAGCAAUUUGCUGAACUUGGAGAUGUUGUGAUCGGGGGAUCGCAGAAUGUGCUAGCAUGCGGCGUGUGGUCGUUGGUGCGCAUGUCUUUGUUGUCGAUCGUCAGCUUGUCAGCCUACCUUAAUAAACUGUCAUCGCUUUUCAUGGACAUCGGUCGCUCUGCUCCGCGCCACCAAGUUUUAGCCAUGCUAUGUCCACAGUCGAUAAAGCUACAAUUAUACCUCUCUAAGUACUUUUUCAGAGUCAUCGGCCUGUGA